GGGCUGGCAGCGGCGGCAGCAGGGAGCUGGGAAGCUGAGAAGCCGGGAGCGCGGGGCUCAGUCGGGGGGCGGCGGCGGCGGCGGCUCCGGGGAUGGCGGCGGCUCCGCUGCUGCUGCUGCUGCUGCUCGUGCCCGUGCCGCUGCUGCCGCUGCUGGCCCAGGGGCCUGGGGGCGCGCUGGGAAACCGGCAUGCGGUAUACUGGAACAGCUCCAACCAGCACCUGCGGCGAGAGGGCUACACGGUGCAGGUGAACGUGAACGACUACCUGGAUAUUUACUGUCCGCACUACAACAGCUCCGGGCCCGGCGGCGGGGCGGAGCAGUACGUGCUCUACAUGGUGAACCUGAGCGGCUACCGCACUUGCAACGCCAGCCAGGGCUCCAAGCGCUGGGAAUGUAACCGGCAGCACGCCUCGCACAGCCCCAUCAAGUUCUCCGAGAAGUUCCAGCGCUACAGCGCCUUCUCGCUGGGAUACGAAUUCCAUGCCGGCCAAGAAUACUACUAUAUCUCCACGCCCACUCACAACCUGCACUGGAAGUGUCUGAGGAUGAAGGUGUUCGUCUGCUGCGCCUCCACAUCGCACUCCGGGGAGAAGCCGGUCCCCACUCUCCCCCAGUUCACCAUGGGCCCCAAUGUGAAGAUCAACGUGUUGGAAGACUUUGAGGGCGAGAGUCCCCAGGUGCCCAAGCUUGAGAAGAGCAUCAGCGGGACCAGCCCCAAGCGGGAACACCUGCCUCUGGCCGUGGGCAUCGCCUUCUUCCUUAUGACACUCUUGGCCUCCUAGCUCUGCCCCUUCCUAUGGCAGAGAGAGGUGGGGCGGGGCUGAAAAGGAGCAGGGAGUCAGCUGUGGGGCCUACAUCCUUCUUCCCGUGGUUGGGAGUGGGGUCUGCACUGUACGUCUAUCUAUCUGUGCCUGCCGCUUUGCCCACUCUCUCUAGGACAGGCACUGUAGUGGAUCAGGCACAGGGACAGCCACAGGUCCCAGGCGGCCUGUGGCUUCGGUAAUGUUUGGUACCAAACCUGGGGGCUUUAAAAGGCAGUGCUCAGGACUCCCUGCCCCCUGGUACCUUUCCCCGACCCUUGGUGCCCCUCCCUCUUUGUCCCCCAAGAGGCACAUAUGCCCCAGAGAGAACAAACGAAGCCUGGGAGGUGCCCCCUGUCACUCUCCUCCGGGGGCAGAACAUGGGGAGGGGACUAGAUGGGUGAGGGGCGGAGCCUCAGGCUCCCUCUUCCCCUGUUUACAGCAAUAAGCAUGUCCUCCCCCCCCCACUCCCACACAGAGGACUGUGGUUUGGAUUGAAUCCAAGUUUACAAAUAGACACCCCUGGGGGGAGCAGGCAGUGGACAGGGGUGGGCAUUGGGGUGCCAGACAGGCAUGUACAGACACUAUAUCUCUAUAUAUAAUGUACAGACAGACAGAGUCCCUUCCCUUCCUUAACCUUGACCUUUCUUGACUCCUCCUUCCAGAUUCAGACCCCUCCCCACCAGGUUAGGCCCCCCUCGGGGCCCCCCUGGCCCCUCUUUUGUCUUCUGUGAAGACAGGACCUAUGCAACGCACAGACACUUUUGGAGACCGUAACAACAAUGCCCCCUCCCUUCCCGCUCUGAGCUGGGAACCAACUCCUAGGACCUUGCCCUGCCCACCCUGUGGUCCCCACCCAUCCCGGGCCUUUUUCAAGUGCUUUGCUGUGACUUUCAUACUCUGCUCUUAGUCUAAAAAAAUAAACUGGAGAUAAAAAUAA